UCCCCUUCACUAUCAGAUACGAAACGAAUCUCACUGACUAAAUACCAACAAAGUCAAUUAAAAUUUCGCGAGUGAAAAAAUGCUUCUCGUAAAUGGCAGUUUAACAUACGACCUAGUGGCCAUUUUAGUGACUGUCCUAGCCGGACUAGUGGUUUACUACAAAUGGGCCUUUACGUAUUGGAAAAAGCGCGGGCUUGAGUACUUAGAACCUUCAAUUCCCUUCGGCAACUGUGCUAGUUUAUUUAAAGCAAAAUAUAAUUUUGGUGAGCAAUUCGCCGAAUUCUACAAACAGUUCAGAGAGAAGAAUCUCAGACAUGGUGGCGUGUUUAUGUUUGCACGUCCUUUUUACAUCCCUGUGGAUCCUGCGAUUAUGAAGGACAUCAUGCAAAAAGACUUUCAACAUUUCGUCGAUCGUGGUUUCUACGUAAAUGAAGAAAUUGAUCCUUUAAGUGGGCAUCUGUUUUCUUUGGAAGGCAACAAAUGGAAAAAUCUUCGAGCAAAACUGACGGCCACAUUCACUUCAGGUAAAAUGAAGAUGAUGUUUGAGACAAUGUCAAGAUGUGCGGAAGAACUUGACAAUUACGUGAACGAAGCUUCCAAACGGAAAGAAACCAUAGACAUUAAAGAAACUCUAGCACGGUUCACUACAGAUAUUAUUAGUUCUUGUGCUUUUGGACUUGAAAGUAACUGUCUUAAAAACCCAGAUACGAAAUUCAGGUACUACGGAAAACGUACUUUCCAAAAUACAACUUGGGAGAACUUAAAAAAUCUAAUUCAAUUUAUGACGCCUAUGUAUCUCCUCAAUUUGGUAAAAUUCAAAACCACAAAACAAGAUGUGGAAGACUACAUGUUGAAUUUGGUGAAGAAAACUGUUGAUUAUAGAGAAAAGAACAACGUUUACCGAAAAGAUUUCCUCCACUUGUUACUGCAAUUGAAAAAUAAAGGAAAAAUAACCGAUGAUGAAACAUUCCUUGACAACAACAACAAAAGUAAAGAAGUUGCAUUGACAAUCAAUGAAUUGGCGGCACAAGUUUUUGUCUUUUUCGCCGCUGGUUAUGAAACUUCAUCCACGGCAAUGACCUUCACUUUGUACGAACUGUGUCUCAAUCAAAAAAUCCAAGACAAAAUGCGUGAGGAAAUCAAGACAGUGUUAGCAAAACACAAUAACAAAAUAUCAUACGAGGCUUUAAUGGAAAUGACAUACAUGGAACAAGCCCUCAAUGAAACGUUGAGAAAAUAUCCACCGGUACCAUUCCUGAAUCGAAAAUGUACCAAAGCUUAUGACGUCGCUGGCACAAACCUGCACCUCGACGAAGGUACAAUGGUUGUGCUUCCAAUUUUGGGGCUCCAACAUGAUCCGGAAUACUACCCUGACCCAUCAAAAUAUGACCCUGAUCGCUUUUCGGAAGAAAAUAAAAACAGUCGGCCACCGUUCACAUGGAUGCCUUUUGGUGAAGGCCCAAGAAUUUGUAUUGGUUUACGAUUUGGAAUGCUACAAGCAAAAGUGGGUUUAGCCACUUUGUUAGAAAAUUACAAAGUGACUUUGAGUCAAAAGACGAAGACUCCACUAGAAAUGGACUGCAAAACUUUCAUCACGACCACUAAAGAGGGAAUUUGGCUGGAUUUCACACGAUUGAAUUGAAUCUUGGCCAAAUAUUUUGUGAUUGUAUUAAAUUAAUACUGAUAUUGGAUUUGACUACUGUUGGUGUAUUAUUAAUAUAGUAUUAAAGUACUGCAUGAUCUA